AUGACGACCGAGCAGAGUUUCAACAAUCAUACACUUGUCGAUUUCGAUAGACUCUUGAUUGGAGAUUCAAGCGAAAUUAACCGUUUACAAGAUGAAUUUGAAUCAAACGGUUGGUGUUUUAUUCUGUUACUCGAUCAAAAGGGUCAGCUAGCCGAUAAACUCAAUGAAGUUCAGACAACUCUCUCAGCCUUUUUUGCUCAACAUCAAAUGGAAAAAUCGCAGUAUGAAUCAUCGAAUGCCUUUGGUUAUUCACGAGUCGGUCAUAAAGAAGAUAUUAAAGUAUUAAUUGAUCAACAAGGCCUUGGAAACUACCAUCGCCCUUUGACAAAUGAUGUAGAACACACGUUACAAUAUCUUGCAAUACUACUUAAUAACUUUACAAAUAUUAUAAAAUCUGUCAUCUUCAAAAUGCCCAUAUUUGUACAAAGUUCAACUAAAGAAAUGGUGCGAUUGUCUCCGUUGGGCAUGCUCGAUAUAGUGCAUUAUUUCAAUGAAAGAACAGGCCCUGUAAAUCAGCCUAAAAUCGGUUUAAAUACAGAUGAAGUCAAUUGUGUUCCACAUUUUGAUCCAGGUCUUUUUUCAUUGAGUACUCUAUCAACAUGUAAUGGUCUUCAGUUGAACGAUCAAUUAGAAGACAAAUGGGUGGAUGGCCCGAAUAAUUCUAAAAACGGCCAACGUUAUAUUGGCGUCAUAUGGUUAGGUG